AUGGUUUCAGCAAUUCCAGAUAGGUGGUUGCUAUAUAAAGCAUGUGGUAAAAUUAUCGAAGGCACGAGGAUUAUUUGCUUUAAAGUUCCUCUUAAAAGGUCUCUCCUAGAAAAACGCGUCGACCCGAAAAACAUAUGGAGUAUAAAAGAGCUGUUGAUAACAGUGCCUAAGUUAGGAGCCGUCUUAGACCUGACGAACACAAAGCGUUACUAUAAUCCAGAGAAGUUAAAAUCGUGCGGUAUUCAUUACAAGAAAAUUUUUAUGCCGGGUCGCAUAAUACCUCCCGAGAACAAAGUCAAAGACGUGGGCGGCGGCGGUCGCACUGUGGAACGCACCGGGUUCGAUCCGCGCCGGCCGAGUCCAGCGCUCGUGUACCUACGAGAGGGCGCCCACGCGCUGGCGCUUUCGGAAUUUGAAAGGCAUUUGUCGCCGCCCCGACGCGUCUCGCCUUACGUG